AUGGGGAAGAGGAGAGUACCAGAUGUGUACAGAGCCCCCUUUCCCUUAUACUCCAUUAAAGUGGACCCUAAAACAGGGCUGGUGAUCACCGCAGGAGGAGGAGGGGCUUCCAAAACAGGCAUAAAGAAUGCAGUGCACUUCCUGGACCUACAGCUGGUUGGAGAACACCAGUACAGUGCCAGUCUGCUUUACUGCCAUGACACUGAGACACGUGCCACCAUGAACAUGGCUGUAGGUAACGGUGUGAUUGCUGCAGGACAGGACGGGACCUGUUGUCUAAUGAAGUUUAAACACUGCACACAGAAAGAAGGAGGCAAAGCUGCUGCUAAAGAUGGGAACAAUGUGCAGCAGGGUGAUGCCAGGCGGCGAGCUGGGAAAGGAGACAAAGGUGGGCAGGAUGGUGCUGCAGCGUCUGGAGACAAGUCUGAUAUGAAGGAUGAGACAGCUCACAUUACUGUGACUGGUUUGGCUGAAGUGCAGUCAGACCUGAACCCUCAGGACCCGCUCCAGAAGGUGGUCAGGUUCAGUUCUGACCUGAGCCUUCUGCUGACAGGAGGCACAGACGGACACAUCAGGGUCUGGGAGUUUCCAUCCCUGAAGAAGAAGUUUGACUUCAAAGCCCAUGAAGGGGAGAUCGAAGACUUGGACAUAAGUCCAGGCAACAAGCACUUGGUGACUGUUGGCCGGGACUUUGCCUGCAGUAUGUGGAGUGGCAACCAGUUGGCAAUGGGUCUUAACUGGCUUGAAACCAUGCCUCACAUACCUGAGAAGGCUUAUCGAUAUAUGGGCUGCAGGUUUGGAAAGGUGGAAGAUCAAAAAGAUGCCCUCAGGCUUUACACAGUCCAGAUCCCACAUAAACGAGACCGGAAACCUCCUCCUUGUUACCUCACCAAGUGGGAUGGCAAGAGCUUCCUGCCCAUGCUGACUGCUCCCUGUGGCACUGAGGUCAUCUCCACUCUGGCUGUCAGUGACUCUGGAACAUUUCUUGGCCUUGGAACCGUGACAGGAUCAGUAGCUAUCUACAUUACCUUCUCCCUCCAGAAGCUGUAUUAUGUACAGGAGUCCCACGGCAUUGUUGUGACAGACCUCGCGUUCCUGCCUGAUUUGCUGAAAGGCAAAAAUAUCAAAGGGAAUAAUGAAACAGCCCUGUUGAGUGUUGCUGUAGACAGCCGCUGUCAAGUACAUGCUGUCCCCAACCGAACAUCCUUCCCUAUCUGGUUGGUGCUGUUCUUUUGUGGCCUCAUGGUGGUGGCAGCUGUCCUCCUCCUACAGUACCUCUUUCCAGGAUUUAUUUAAAUCAUGUAAGUCUGUAAAUGGGACAGGGUUGAUGGAGUUUGGACACAUCUUCUCUUAACUUACUUUGCCACUGUCAGCAUCAGAAGUCCUCAGUCUGACAUUCAAACCUCCACAAAGUGCUGCACCACACCUCCCAACUGAGGCUGUGGUGGCUCUUCCAGCGCACACUCUGACCAGCUUUUAUGGCACCCUGACACUGUCCCCCUUCAGCUCUCACCCAGUGGACUCAAACCAGACUGUGUGAUUUUAUUUGCUUUGAUCUCAAUCAAUUAUUCUUAAUUCUUUUGGAUUUGUGUUGAAGGGCUCAGGUUCAUGAAUGUUUAAAGGGGUGGAAUCUUUUUAUCAUCAUAUUUAAGGAACAAUGUAAAAAUAUAUAAAUGGCACAUAAUGUGCCUGAUUUUGUUGUGUGUUUACACAUAGACACUUUGAAUUGGCCAUAUCCUUUGAAUAACUGUAGUUAUUAACAGUAUUAAAUUACAACGCAACAUUGCAACAUCUACAAAUGGAGAAUCAUUUGUGAUUAUUGCAGAACAGAUGUGGGGAAAUGGGAGUCAAGUUGCUAAAAGCACAUAGGAAGUGUGUGAAUCCUAAUGAAAAUAAUGAGAACUAUUUUUAUUGGAGUGAAAGCUUGUUGUUGUUUUCUUUUAUGGAAGACAUUGUCACCUUUAAUUUAAUGUAAACAUUCUGACUGCAUAUAAGUUGCCCAGCAGAUGUACAAAAAUGUGAAUGAUUUUUUUAAAUGAUGCCCAUUAUUGUAACUAACUCGGUGAAAUAAUAGAAGAAAUAAAAUAUUAAUAAGAAAGGUACUUAAAAAACA